AGCAGCAUCAUCCACGCUGGUUGGGGUAUAAACAUGGCUAAACUGAGCAAAGAAACCAAGCAGCGUCUACAGCAACUAUUCCAGUGUGGACAGUUUGUCAUCCGAUGGGGUUUCAUCCCAACCGUGCUGUACCUCGGUUUCAAGCGAGGAGCAGAUCCAGGGAUGCCUGAACCCACUGUGUUGAGUUUGCUGUGGGGCUGAGGAGCGUCUCCACACAGCCAGUCCAUCCCAUCCCAUCCCGACCCCCUCAAUAAGACCAUAUGACCCAGGUGAUUGGAACAGGAAAUGGACAUUGUUUUUCUCUUUUGACUGAAGACCACACUGUCACAAAUCUGAGAAGUAAUGAGGGAAUGGUUUCUGCUACCAUCAAAUUAACAGCCACAUAAAUAGAAUGGAGAGUUUGGGCAACAUGGGCCGAAGAAUUUGGAAUGAACUAGGUGGAAUCAAGACUUUGUCCCUCAAAAUAUGUAGUCUGGACUGGACUAUUUCUGGGGUGUGUUUUUUUUUCUUCUUUUUUUCUUUUUUUUAAUGACAGUGAUGUUUGGAUACACCAUCCAUUUCAUGUUUGUCCUCUUUGUUUGUAAUUUAUCAUUUCUGAAAUUAAAUCCUCAAAGAAAUUCCUCUCUUAUCUCCAACACCAGGACUCAUGCUGAUGAUGCCUGAUUUUCAAACAACUAAAGUCAAGUCUUGUAAGAAAAAAUAUGCAGGAAAAAAACAGAUUAAAAGUUGUUUUUUUUU